UCCAAAUAUAGAGAGACACAUUCCAUUAGUCCUCCAUUGAGAUAUUCAUCUUUAUCUACUUAGUUACUUAGAGAGAGAGAGAGAGAGAGAGAGAGAGAGAGAGAGAGAAGAGAGGGAGUUGUUGAUAUUCAUCUAUAUAUAUAUAUGUUUAGUUGUUCACCUCUCUUUGUGUUAUUAAAAGGAAAAUCCAUCAGAGGGUAUUCUUUGUGAAAAAAAAAAGAAGAGGAAAAGAUGAAUGUGUUGGCCUCAGAAUGCAGUAGUGGUUGUGAGUCUGGUUGGACUCUAUACUUGGAACAGUCUAAUUUUCUUUCUCAUAAUCCAAGUGCUUCACACAGAGAUAGUGGUUUCUGUGAGGAGUACAAGGAUAAAAGAAGUAAACAAGCUGAUGGUGAUGAGGAGGAUGAAGAAGAAGAGGACCAGUCAAUGGUUUCUGAUGCAUCUUCUGGGCCUCCACAUUUCAAUGAAGAUGAAGUUUACUUAGAUGAUAAUACUAAUAAUAAUAUUAAUGGUUGUUUUUAUCCUCCAUCCAAGGAUCUUGGACCUUUGAAGUUUAGAGGAAAAAAGCAGAGAAUCAAAGAAAAAGGUAGGCGCUCAUGUGGUGAUCAACAACAACAACAACAACCAUCUUUUCUAGAUGACACUGCCAGCUCCCCUGUCUUCAACUACCCCAAGAAUAACUUCAUUGUGUCCAAUAAUCAAGCUUCUGGCGGUAGUAGUAGUGUCCUGGAUUAUUCACAAGGCUUCUCAUCUACUCAUUUUCAGGGGAGAUCUGCAUACCAAGACCACUUUGGUUUCCUACAAUCUACUCUAUCUGGAAAUAACCUUCAGAACAACCAAUGGUUUCAAGGGUAGGGGAUUGGCAUGAGAUGAAGGAAAGGGAUAUCUUCAUCAUCAGUUGCUGGUCUCUUCUUGUUUCUACCACUACAGCAGCUGCUGUAUUAGUUUCUCAAGUAGAGAUGGUGGGGAAAGGCUGCAAAAAGUAGAAGGAAUUGGAUCUCAAAAGGGAUCUUGCAUGUUCCUUUUUCUUUUCUUUUUCUUUUUUUCCCCUUUACCUGUCAAUGCAGUGGGAAACAACCUAAGAGAGAAGAAGUUAGAAAUAAAUUUUCAUGCUUCCAAAAUUAAAUUAAAUUUUUUGUCAA